GGGAAAAGAGAAAUGGAGGGUCCUCCCUCCAAGGUCCGAACAUCAAGGGCGGGACGCGAGAAAUCGCCGCCCGAACGGACGGUGGAGAGAGCAUCAAUGCCACGCCACUCAGAUCCCCUUCUCGCUCUCUUUCUAUCUCUAGCUCUCUGCAAAUUCAAAGCCCGAAGCUCUUCCCCCCCCGCCACUUCCACCGAAUCGAAGACGAGAGUGAAGCUGAAAUCUGUUUCUCUGGAGAGUGAGAUUUGAGAAGCGACGACGCACGCGCGCUCACACCAUGUCGUGGCAAACCUACGUGGACGAUCACCUCAUGUGCGACAUCGACGGCCAGGGCCAGCACCUCUCCGCCGCCGCCAUCGUCGGCCACGACGGCAGCGUCUGGGCUCAGAGCUCCACUUUCCCCCAGUUCAAGGCUCCAGAAAUUGCUGGUAUUCUGAAAGAUUUUGAGGAACCAGGUCAUCUUGCCCCGACAGGCCUGUAUCUUGGUGGCAACAAGUACAUGGUUAUUCAGGGGGAGCCCGGUGUUGUCAUUCGCGGAAAGAAGGGAUCUGGAGGCAUUACAAUCAAGAAGACAGGGCAAGCACUAGUAUUCGGGGUCUACGAGGAACCGGUGACUCCAGGACAGUGCAAUAUGAUUGUCGAGAGGCUCGGAGAUUAUCUGAUCGAUCAGGGCCUGUAGGCCUCUGCUCAACUCCAUCUAUCCGUAUCCCUGUCCGCGGUCUAGCUUUUCUUUUUUGGCUCAUCUUCUGCAUCCGAGUUUGCGCAUCCUGGAUCGACAAGUUGCGUGAAAUAACCAUGUGGUUGUAAGGUAUUUCGUUCCCCGGGUGUCAUUUGCUUAUUAUUUACCUUGAUUUUUUGCAUACGACGAUACUUCAUAUAAUGUAUCGACCUUUUCCUCUU